UCGACAGUUGUCUCACACUCUUUCUAUAAAUAUUUUCAACGUUUCAAAAUUUUCAAAUUUGCUUGCACUAUUUCCAUAUCCGUUUUUCCUGCUUCCACGCCUCCCCACGUGCAUCCGUCCAAUGGACUCCCUGAAGCUUCCGUGGAAAAAACAAAACCAUUCCUGGCAAUAACAUUUCGCGGUCUUCUUCCUUUGAAUUUUGUACUUUUUGGCGUCGGUCGUCCAUUUCUCCAUAAAGAGUCUCUCUUUCUCUCUCUCACUCGAAAACCCUAGAGAGAAACCCUAAUCACAAUGAAGAGCAAGAAGCCACUGAAGCAACUGAAGCUCUCUGUUCCUGCUCAAGAAACCCCUAUCACCAGUUUCUUGACUGCAAGUGGCACAUUUCAGGAUGGUGAUCUGCUCUUAAACCAGAAGGGUUUGCGGCUUAUCUCUGAGGAGAAAGAACCUCGUCCUUCAGAGGCUAAGGAGCUUGAUGUACAAUUUUCAUUGGAAGAUCUUGAGACCAUCAAAGUCAUUGGAAAGGGAAGUGGAGGUGUUGUUCAACUUGUUCGCCACAAAUGGGUUGGAACAUUAUUUGCCUUGAAGGUCAUCCAGAUGAAUAUACAAGAGAAUUUCCGCAAACAAAUUGUGCAGGAGCUGAAGAUAAAUCAAGCAUCACAAUGUUCACAUAUUGUUGUUUGCUACCAUUCGUUCUAUCACAAUGGAGUCAUCUCUCUUGUCCUGGAAUACAUGGAUCGUGGAUCUUUGGUUGAUGUGAUCAGACAGGUCAAAACAAUCCUUGAACCAUAUCUUGCUGUUCUUUGUAAGCAGGUUUUACAAGGUCUUGUGUACUUGCACCAUGAAAGACACGUAAUUCAUAGGGACAUAAAACCAUCCAACCUGCUGGUAAACCACAAAGGGGAAGUAAAGAUUACAGAUUUUGGUGUGAGUGCUAUGCUAGGUAGCUCUAUGGGUCAGAGGGACACGUUUGUUGGGACUUACAAUUACAUGUCGCCUGAGAGAAUUAAAGGAAGCACUUAUGACUACAGCAGUGAUAUUUGGAGUCUGGGCAUGGUAGCACUUGAAUGUGCUAUUGGACAUUUUCCUUAUAUGCAAUCUGAAGACCAGCAAAGCGGGCCAAGCUUUUAUGAGCUCUUAGAGGCAAUUGUGGAAAGCCCACCACCAUCUGCUCCCCCAGAUCAAUUCUCUCCAGAAUUUUGUUCUUUUAUAUCUGCCUGCAUACAGAAGAACCCUCAAGACCGAUUGUCAUCAUUAGACCUCGUGAGUCACCCUUUCAUCAAAAAGUUUGAAGACAAGGACAUUGAUCUCGAAAUUCUGGUAGGCAGCUUGGAACCUCCUGUAAAUUUCCCAAGAUAGUUUGUCUUGUAAUAGUAUUCCCAGUGUACCUUUUCCUUCAAAACACGCACUGUUUGUCAUCUUGAUCAGGUGUUAUAUGAAUUACAUCAUAGAAGUCAAGCUAACAAGUUAUAUAAUUCUUUAUCACAUAUUAAAGUUAAAUAUAACAAUUAUGUGACAAAUUACAUAGAUUAUACACUUCUAAUUUCUGCAUUUUCUCACUAUCUGACAAUGUACUGGAAUGGCAAUGGCGAGUUCAUGGUGAAACUGAAAUGAAUAAUUGGUAUGCCCAUGAGUUAUUACAGUUUCCACUCGCAAGCCACUUGGUAUAAAGGGAUCUGUUCAUGUUAGGAUAUGGAUAAGUGUGAGCAGGUGCCACAUACUGGUGAGGGUCACCUGCCAUGAGUGCCAGGUUUUUUGAAUUUUGGGUCAAAUUGGGCCUUUCCUCCAACAAAAUAUAAGUUUUAGCUUAGUUUUUAAAUUAUUGUUCAAACUAACUUUUUUUUUUUUUUUUUUAAUAUUUAGAAACCUGUGGUUUUAAAAUGUGGUUUCAAAAGCGUACUGAUUCAGUUCCAAAAUGCGGCUUUUAAAUUUGUACGAAAAUCACAUCUUAAAAAGAUGGUACCAAACAAAUUUAAAUAAAUUAAAAAAAAAAAGAAAAAAAGAAGUCAUUGUGAUCUUAAACUAGGGCUUUUUCUCCUUUCUUCAUCAAACAGGGAUGAUGUACUUUUAGAUAUGUAUGCCCUACUCCAGUCUCACACUUGGAAAUAGAAUCAUUCUGAGGGGUCACUGCAGCAACAGAGGCAAAGUUCUCAUUGUUGUUCAAGUAUUUCACAGUAUCCAUUACCUUAGAUAUGACAUAAAUUAGCAAUAGCCUCUGAGCCUGAUUUCAUACUUUUCCUUUGACACUACUACUAAUUACUUUCCUUGUUUUUAUUGCUGAAACCAAAAGUUAAACACUACAUAACAAAAAUAUUUAUGCACAAAAAUAUAUAUAUAUUUAUCCAUGAAUGGUCACAACUUCUGCUACAAGCAACAGCCACCUAAAACACCCUCUUGAUGUAUGGUGAAGCCAUCCAUUUAAUAUACAAUAUCUUACAAAACUGAAUAAUCUUUUUUAAAAAAAAAACAUGGGCAAAAUGUCAAAGUUUAUUAAAUAAUGGGUCAGAUAUGAAAUCUGUAUACGUGGAUAAGAAAGAUUUAUGAAAGGUAAGGCAUGGUGCCCACCUGCAAAGGCUGUGGUGGAGGCAGCUCCAUUGCCCAUCAAGUAGCAAUCUAUGAUGACUAGUACCCUAGUCAGCAACCUCUGGCUACCAUUCAUUCAUUAGCUUCUAACUCUAUUCUUUGUUAGGUUUUGGUCACACAUGGUAAAGGGGUAGGUAGAGAGUGACACCCCAUCCAAUGGGUCUUUGCCUCACAUGACUCUCUUGGAUUAAAAUCAUUGAGUUUGGGAGGACCUGAUUUAGACUGAAGGAUGAAAUUAUCCCUUAUUAUAGACCUAAUGACAGGUGGAACUGAAACUAGCAAAGUCAAGUCUAUAGAUAAUGGAAUAUUAGAUUUGACAAUGUUUGUUAUAAGGGUGAAUUAUGGGUUUUCCAAGUAGGGCCCUGGGUCAGGUGCUCAAUGAAAUUAAGAGGAUAACUUCAAUGGAGUCUACAGUCUAGAAAGAGGCUAGACAAUUAGAAGGAUGGCUGCAGUCCUUCAAACAAAAUAAUUGUUGAUCUUUACCCUAUGAAGCUUGCCAUAUGGGUAAUGUUCCUGAGUCAUGAAGCAACCCAAAUAACCACAAAAAGGCCAAAAAAAAAAAAAAAUUGAUAAAAAAUUUGACAAAAGUUGUGGUUUUAAUAUAAACCUAAUGAAAUGGAGACAAAAUGUCCCUUGGACAAUUUACUAAUGCAGACAAAAACUAGGGUUGGUGGAAACCUUGCAAAUCCACCCAGAACUGUCCUCUAGGUUUAUGGGAAGCUUCUGAUUAAUCUAGAGAUUCCUCUUGGCACAACUUCUGCCAUGGGAUGCCUUGAAAUAUGAAAAAAUAGGCAUUCGUGUCAUAACUUUAUGGGGGCAAAGAUGCUAAGAUGGUGACCCCAGUUUCAGCCAUAAUAAAAAGUUGAUGACUCGGAUAUGGGUGUCUUCAAAUUUAGACCUUAUCCUCUUUCCUAGUAGAAAGGGAAGGCUAAGAAAUUCAAACCAUAAGAUAUGAUGAUGACAAAUCAAAGGAUAAAGCCAAACAAAAUGCCACUAUUUAAAAACCAUUGAACUAGUCAUUACUACCCAAUGCUUCAUUUAUUGCCCUAUUCACCACCAAGUAUUCCCAGUAUUAUAUACCCUUUUCUUUUUAAAAUUAUUUUCAUGUAAUCAACCUUGUUGAUCGUAUAUAUAUAUAUAUAUAUGCUCCCUCAAAUUACGCCUGUGAGAAUUCAUGAGGGUCCUUGUCCUUAGACUAAGACCACAACCACCAUCAUCUUCAUCAUCAUCAUCCUGAGUCCUGUGUCUUUAUUCUUCUCUUCUUGUUCUUCUUCUGGCCCAAGAUCUGAAAUCACAAUGGGGGAAACAGCAAAGCAAAGUUUUGAUGAUCUGGGCUUCAAGGGAAUUGAUGCUAAUGGCAAUCACCAACACAAUCAAUGGUUGAUCAUGGGAGGUGCAGAUGACAAUAGUGACACCUUAUCCAUGGAGUCUUCUUCCUUUGAAGAUUCAGAAAACUCUCUCGAAUCAUCAUCUUCCUUGGACUUGACAGAAGAUGCGUCUUCCUCAACAUCACCCCUCUCAAAUGGACCUCUAUAUGAACUAUCAGAGCUCAUGGCCCAGCUCCCCAUCAAGAGAGGGCUGUCCAAGUACUUUCAAGGGAAGUCGCAGUCAUUUACAUCUCUGGCAAGCGUGAAGAGCUUGGAGGAUCUUGCCAAAAAGGGGACUCCAAGUAGGAAGAAAAUGAAGUCAUGUAAAAGCUACGGAGGAGGUUUGGAUGUACACAAACUGUACACUCCAAAGGCUACCAUUUCAAAGAAGGCUUCAAGGGGAUCUCUUCUAUCUUCUCUAGGGAGGAGAGGUGUUAUAAUGGGUGGUUGUAGGCCUCCCAGUCCUCUCCAAAAGAACUUCUGAUGUACAACUUGCAUGGUUUUUUCAUUGCAAGCUGGGUUGUUUAUAGACUUACAGUACAUGUGAUCAUAGAUUAACUGAGGUUUUUCAUCAGUUGAGUUAUGCUUGCAACUCAUCUGCUCAUUUAAUCCAAGAACUGCGAGUUAUAUUCGUGUUUAUGAUUCAGAAAAAAAGAAAGAAAGGAAAAGUUAAAAGAAAUAAGGAAAAGAAAAAGUGAUGAGAAAAUGAAAGUGGUUUGCACCCAAUGAAUUUCUCCUUACCAUCUUCUUCCUAAUUUUUAUCA